AACCUGCUGGCAUGUUUCCACAGCGGGUCGGACAGUUUCUCCGGAGAUGCCUGUGAGGUGAAGGUAGCGGCUCCGACUCACUCUCCUGCAGCCGAGGCCGAGUACUGGAGGAUCAGAGCCAUGGCUCAGCAGGUCUUCAUGUUGGACACCCAGUGCUCUCCAAAGACGCCCAACAACAAGGAGGGCUUUGAGCACGCUCAGUCCUGCGUUCUGAUCAUCGAGCUGCCGGCCGACCCGCAGGCCAACGGACACGCUCAGAAGAGGAAAAUUGGGAUCCCGUUCCGCACCAUCGUUGUGAGUCUGCUCUCGCACCAGGUGCUGCUGCAGAAUCUGCAAGACAUCCUGAUGGAGGAGUUCGUGAAGCAGCCUGAAGGAAGUGAGAGGGUCACGCCGGGGACCUCUGACCCCAGCAGGGCCUCCGCCGGCUUCCUGCGAUACAUCUCCAUGACCAACCUGUCCAUCAUCCUGGAUCUGCUGCUGGACUCCUACAG